AUGGCUAAAGCAGAAUCAUCCAAAAGCAGUGUGAGUAGUUUCACAUCUGAACAUGAGGAAAAUAAUUACUAUGAAUUGCUUGAUGCAUUUAAUGAACUGCAUAAGGAAGCUACAAAACUGCAAAAGUCAAAUAGCAAGCGUAAAGGAGAGAUUAAAUGGCUUGAGGGUAGGAUAAAACAGUUAGAAGAGGAAAAUGAGAAUCUAAUAACUUGCUUGGAGAAAUUAGAAAAAUCUGAAAAGCAUCCUAGGUCCAGAUCAAAACUGAAGAAAGCAGAAAUUGUAGAUGAAUCUAAUGAUGAUUACAACUCUGACAGUGAAGCCUUGAGACUAAUGGUAAAGGGGUUCUCAAAAUUUAUAAAAUACAAGAACAAAGCUACCAGUAAUUCUGCAGAAAUUAAAAGAUCCUCUAGGAAGCAAGAAAAACAUGUUCCAACUUGCUAUGAGUGUGGAAAAAUGGGACACAUCAAACCUGAAUGCCCUGUCCUCAAGCUGAAGCAAAAAUUAGAAGAGAAAGGUGAGACAGACAAGCACAAGAAGAAAAGGAAAGCUUACAAUAGUGACUCCAGCUCAUCUAGUGAAUCUGAUGGAAGCAUUGAGGAAGAGACCAACCUCUGUCUUAUGGCUGGAACAAGCUCUUCUAAGAGUAGUGCAGGCUUAUCAUAG